GGCACCAUAACCAAGUUCAAGUCUGGAUACUCGUUCAUCAUGUUGAGGCUUCUCAUCUUAGCCACCCUUGUCCUAUUAGGACACUGCUCAGAGGAGCCUCUGGGAAAAAAUGGACGUGUUGUUGGGGGCUAUGAAGCAAGAAGGAAUUCAUGGCCAUCACAGAUUUCCCUCCAGUACUAUUCGGGAGGCAGCUGGUAUCACACGUGUGGUGGGACAUUGGUGCGACCAAACUGGGUGAUGACAGCAGCUCAUUGUGUGGACAGAAACAUGAAUUUUCGUGUGGUUGUUGGUGACCACAACAUUUAUCAGAAUGAAGGCACAGAACAGUACAUAAGUGUGGGGAAUAUUUAUAUUCAUCCAAAUUGGAACAGCAACAAUGUUGCUGGAGGCUAUGACAUUGCCCUGCUCCGUCUCUCUCAAAGUGCAGUUCUUAACAGCUACGUAAAACUCGGUGCCUUACCUCCAGCUGGUCAGAUCCUGCCGAACAAUAAUCCCUGUUACAUCACUGGCUGGGGCAUGACCAGAACUAAUGGACAACUGGCAACGGUCCUGCAGGAAGCCUAUCUCCCUGUUGUGGAUUAUUCAACCUGUUCCAGUUCAUCCUAUUGGGGUUACACAGUGAAGAAUACCAUGGUGUGCGCUGGAGGUGAUGGGACACGCUCUGGAUGCCAGGGAGAUUCCGGAGGGCCAUUGCACUGCCAGGUGAAUGGCGCAUACUAUGUUCAUGGAGUCACUAGCUUUGUUUCCAGUUCUGGUUGCAAUGUCUACCGGAAACCCACAGUGUUCACCCGUGUCUCUGCCUACAUUUCCUGGAUCAACAGUAUCAUUUACUAGAACUGAAGAAAACAGAAAACUGAACUACAUUGGAAGUUAAUGGUCUUGCCUGGUCUGAAAAUGCUACAAAUAUUCUGUUCUUAGAAUAUCAUGAUUUCUGGAAUCCACCA